AUGAAAGAUAAUGUUCAAAAUACUGAUGACAGCGAUGAAAAAAAAAAGGGAAUAUUCUGUAGCGUCCAUAUUUUAGAAACUGAAAAUGAAAUUACUAACAGUAAUAGUAAAGAUGACAGAGUUCACACAUUCUGUUCCGAUGAGAGUAGUAACGUAAUUUUACAUGAUAUGCAGGAAGACGAGCUCUCCAGUGAUUUAAGUAAAACUUUAAUACGUGAUGUAGAAAUUGAUAAUUCGAAAUUGCAAAAUAAAUAUCAAAUAAUAUGUUUGCAUGCAUCCGAAAAUAAAUACAUGAAUGUUCGGAAUAAUGAACAUAAUCAAAACAUAUAUUGUAACAGUAGCAAUAAUAAUAAUAAUAUUAACAGUAGUAACAACAACAAUAAUAAUAGCACUAAUAAUGAUAUUAAUAAUAGUAAUAAUAUAAACAACGAAAAUAGAAAUGUUGUCGCCUCCAAUAAUUUAUACAGCGCUAAUGAUGAUAUACCAAGAGAUCGUUUGAAUAACGAGAUGGACAUAAAACGUAAUUAUAACAGUGAAAAUGAAAUUUUAAAUAAUAACCAUAUAGGUAAUCAUGUUAGUAAUGACAUAAAUACUGUUUAUGUAAAUGAUCCUUAUGUAAGGGACAUACGAAACAGUAAUAGUAAUAAUAAUAAUAAUAAUAAUAAUAAUAAUAAUAAUAAUAAUAAUAAUAAUAAUAAUAAUAGUAACAGUAAUAAUAAUAAUAACAAUAAUAGUAAUGAUUAUAAUAAUGUUAAUGGCAAUAAUUAUAAUGUUAGUAGCGAUAAUAAUAAUGAUAAUUACAGAGAGGGAGAUAAUUCCUGCCCCAUAAAUUACUCAGGAAAAAAUGAAAAUGAACAAGAAAGAGAUAGUAAUAUUUUUCCUAAUAGACUUCAAAAUGUGAAUAAUAUGUCCCAUCCGGCAACUAAUGAAAGUGUAACUCGUCAGGAAAUAAAUGAAGUACCAUCCAACGUUACAGAAAAUUUAUAUUUGAGGGGAAAUAAUUUAGAAGAUGGAGGUAUUUUACACAGUAACAUUGUAAAUGAUUUUCUUCCAGCUGAGAAUGAUAGACCUAAUGGAACUGCUCCCAUGUCCAACAAUUUUAUUGAAAUAGUUUCCGAUGAAGAUAUCAGAAACACAGAAAGACAAAAUGAACGUAUUUCAAGUCUUAAUAAUGCAGUUGAUGUUUUAAGUGACAAUAGAGGAAAUUCACGACGAGUUGUAUCAAACGCAGAAGAACUAGAUUACUAUGUUUUAACAAUCAGAGAUUUAAGAAAUGCUCAAGCCAAUACAAAUGCAAAUGAAAGUGAAUAUGAAAUUGAUGAUGUGCAUGAACUAAAUUUUUAUCAAAGAUGUUUUAUUGGUAAAUUAUUAGGAUAUGAAUUAAAACCAAAUUUAGAUGAAUAUAAUUUAAAUAAAGGUAUUAGAACAAUUUUAUUUAUUUUUUUAUUGCUAGCACUUUUUAGUAUUGAAUUCAUUUUAUUAUACAAUAAUUUAUUAAGAAUAAAAGUUUUAGAUAAUCAAUUACUGUUGAUUGAAUCUAAUUAUAACAAUAACUUUUUAAAUAAUUUUUUGUUUCAAAUGGAUGAAAGGGAAAUGAAUAAUGCAAUGUUAACGAAUGAUAUGGUUACAGAAGAAAUAAAUAAAGGAAAUUAUAUGUUACAUAAUAAUAUGUGUACAGUUAUGAACAAAUUAAAUGUACCAUGUGAGAAUAUAUUAGAUAACCACAGCGAAAGUAAUGAAAAAAAAAGAAAAGAAAAAUUAAUUGAAAAUUCUAUAAAAAUGUUUGAUGAAUUAAAAAAAAGAAAAAUGUUCAUUUACCGAGUAAGAGAAUCCAUUUUAUAUUCAUGUAAAGACAUAAUGACUAAAGCUCAUAACAGUGGAAAUAAUUUUAUAUUUUUAUUUGUAUUUUCAAGAAAACAUUUGAAAGUUAGUAAAUUAUUUUUGAUAUUAACCAUGUUUUUUUUCUGUUUGCGUAUAGCGCUUAUUUUAUCUAGAAUUCUGUACGACUUUGUUCUAUUUUUAUGUUUUAGAAAUUUUAGAUUAUCAAUAGAAAGUAAAAGGAAAUAUUUAGCCAAGUAUAUGUGGUCUAUUAGUACAAUAUUAUUUAUCGAAAUAAUAUUAAGUGAUGGUUGCAUAAUAUGGUGGUUACAUGAUAUCGAUCCCAUUUUUAAUUAUCAUUUUCAAUAUUUUAUAUGGUAUGUGUCAUUAUGCUGUUUUAUAUCUUAUAUAUUUUAUAAGGUAUGUAGGAAUUAUUCCGUAACACAUGAUAAUAAUAAUUGUUCUGCCAUAUCUUAUUCCUUACAAUAUGUAUAUGAGUUCUUAUUUGGAAUAAAUAUAUUAUUCGCAUGCAUUUUUAUUCUAUUAAAUUUAAGUAAGGCAACGGUUAUUACAGUAAUUGUAACAACUGUGGUAUUGUUUAUUGAUAUCUUGAAUGAUUCAUACCUAGAACAGGUUCGCUUAACGAAUUUUGAAGAUUUCCCGCCAAAUAGACCGAAAAGAAAGAAAUUCUAUAUAAUUGAAAAUAAAAAAAAAAAUGUAAAAAAGUGUACAUUAGUUCGUGUAAAUGAACAUAUGUAUCAUGAAACAACUGAAGAAGACAGUAAUCUGGGAAGGAUGGAAAGUAAAUAUAACGGUAUCUCCAACUCAGCCAAUGAUAAUGAUGAUGAUAAUAAUAACAGGGAUGAAAAAAAACGAGGAAUCAAGAAAAAUAAGGUCUUUAAUUUAAAGAAUGUGUUUAACAAAAAAUAUUUAAAUAAAAAGAGCAUUUUUAAAAAAUCGUCGAAUAACAAUAAUAAGAAAAAUGAUAACAGUAGUAAUGAGGAAAACACUUAUAAAAGUAAUAAUAAUUUGAACAAUUCAGUCCUGUUAACGUUAGAAUAUUGUGAAAUUUGUGAUGAGCGAUUCAAAAACGUUGUCUUACACCCGUGUAUGCAUGGUGGCUUUUGCGAAAUAUGUAUAAGAUCAAUGAUAUUUAAUUCUUUAAAAUUGAAGGACUCUUUUCCCUGUUGUCCUUUAUGUAGAGAUGUCAUUAAGAACGUGUACAAAAUAUCUCAUGAAGAUUAUCAAAAAAAAGUUCAAGCUGUCAACAUUUUAACAAUUAAGGCAAAGUAG